AUGCAGCAGCCCAUUGGAACAGUCCAACAAGUAACAAAUACUGUAUUUCAAGAUCAACUGCCCAUUAUUUCUCAGGUACCACUACAGAUCGACCCUCUUAUUUCCCAAAAUCUGCCUUCUCAACCAGUAUUACAACAACAGCAACAAGUUAUUCAACAACCGGCUGCUGAUGUGUCAUAUCCUUAUCAGCCACAGUCACAAUACGUUUCUUCACAACGAACACAGGCGACUGCCCACUUGUGCAUUGGCAUCUGCAUGCCAUCUUGUAGUCAGCAGUGUAUUCAGAGAGCAACUCUUCAAUCAACGCCGUCGUUUACAGCAUCGCCAACAUUCGCCACUGCGUAUCCAGUUACGCAAACUCCCACCCCAGUGCUUAACCGACAGCCUAUGGCGCCCACGUGUGUUCCUCCAUGCAUGCCGGGAUGUUCCCAGUCGUGCAUUCAACAGAAUCUUCCCUCCUAUCAGCCGACUUCGGUCGGAACCACACCAGCUAUUCCAACUUUUUCUGAUCCAUCCUCAUCGCAGUUAUAUCCUUCAGCUGUUGAAACACAAAGAAUGAAAUGUAUUGCAAUCUGCAUGCCUCUUUGUUUGCCCUCGUGUACUCAACCAGAGGUGCAGUAUCAACAUACACCAGCUCCACAAAUUCCUUAUCAACCGCCACCGCAGUAUCAGCCAGUUGUUCUUCAGCAACAACCCCAGGUAGCCUGCCAGAACGGAAUGCAGAACAGAAAUUGUCGUUGCACAGUGAAUUUAGGAAAUUGUUCUCGAAUGAGACGUGUAUUCCGAUGUUGUAAGAGGCAGUAG